AUGAAGUUCCUCGCUAUCGGUGCGCUCUUGCUCAGCACAGCCAGUGCUCUUGCGACAGAGCAUAUUAUCAAAGGCGCCCAGAUCAUCCCGGCCAACGAUAAGGCGGGACUGAAGAAGGUCGGUGCUCAUGGACAUCACAAGCACCAUGACCGUCGGACAGUGACAAUCCGGUCAUCAAGAAGCGACACCGAUGAUAUCUCAGAUGAUUUCCUUUGGGGUAUUAAGGCUGCCAACCACGGUGGCAGACUUCUCUUGCAAAAGGGAAAGAAAUAUGUUAUUGGUAAGAAGCUUAACCUCAGCUUCUUGGAUAAUAUCGAGGUGCAGCUUGAGGGUGAAAUCAAGUUCACCGACGAUAUCGACUACUGGCAAGCCAACCACUUUUACUACGAUUUCCAAAAAUCUAUCACUUUCUGGGUCUGGGGUGGCAAGGAUAUUAAGAUCUUCGGAAAGGGUACUCUCAAUGGCAAUGGCCAGGAGUGGUACAAUGCCUUUGCUGGCUUGGAAGUUCUGGACCCGGACAACACUUUCUACCGUCCUAUUCUAUUUGUGACUGACAACGCCACCCGCGUGUCUGUUGAGGGUAUCACCCAACUCAACUCCCCCUGCUGGACCAACUUCUUCGUCCGUACCAAUGAUGUCUCUUUCGAUGAUGUCUUCAUCAAUGCCUACUCCACCAACGCAUCUGCUUUGCCCAAGAACACCGACGGAUUUGACUCCUACAACGUGGACGGUCUCAGUGUGACCAACACCCGUGUUGAUAUCGGCGAUGAUUGCUUCUCUCCCAAGCCCAACACCACCAACAUUUUCGUGCAGAACUUGUGGUGCAACAAUACCCACGGUGUCAGCAUGGGAAGUAUUGGACAGUAUGCGGGAGUCGAGGACAUCAUUGAGAAUGUCUGGAUUGAGAACGUGACUCUGCUGAACGGCCAGAACGGUGUCCGUCUCAAGGCCUGGGCUGGAGAGAACGUCGGCUUUGGUCGCAUCAACAACGUCACCUACAAGGACGUUCUCAUCGAGAACACCGACGCCCCUAUUGUGUUGGAUCAGUGCUACUUCGAUGUGGACGCCGAGACAUGUGCCAAGUUCCCAUCAUCAACCGACUUCACCAACAUUACCUUCGAGAACAUCCACGGUACUUCGUCGGGCAAGAAUAAGAAGGUUAUCGCUGACUUGACUUGCUCGCCCAAUGCUGUGUGCUCGAAUAUUCAUCUUUCUGAUAUCGAUAUUACUAGCCCGGCUGGUGGUCCUCCUGUCGUUAUCUGUGAUGGAAUUACUGGAGAUAUUGGCGUGGAUUGCGUGUCGAGCGCGGCUUAG